UCAAAGUUCCCCAUAGAAACGAAAAAUAACUGUAAAAGUUGGCUUUAAAAGAAAAGCGGAAUAAACUUUAAAUUAUUCGUAACUGCUAGGCUUAUUUUAAUGAUAUUAAAAAAACUGCGUCACUGUGUGUUUUAUGAAUAUCUGUUUGCAGGUUUUUAAUGUGUGACGUGUUUCUAACCGGAAGAUAAAAGAGGAUGGACAAGAAAGCUUCGCCCAGAGCAGAUAUGGGGAAAGACCGUCCACUUCCUGUUAAUUCCAUUGUACAUAAACUAGCUGUGGGUCAGCAGGAGGAGCAGCAGAGGACGCACUCAGGCUGGUCCUUAAUAUAAAUGAUCAUAAAACAAAAAAGCCCAUGUUUGUUUGUUUAUUUUCACAAAUAGAGCAUCAAUAGUGUGUCUCACCUAGAUAAAAAUGACGCUUAUGUCCGUUAGCUUUUCUUACGGGAAGCCGAUUUGCUCACAAAACGCUAGCAUUUUGCUAAUGCGUGCUGAUUGGUCAGUUAUUCCUCAGUAGUUCCAGUUUCCAAGCGAUAACUAAAUAUUGGAAAGGUCGGUAAGCCAAAGGAAAACGUUAACCCCGUUAAACUGACAAUGUUGGCUACAAACGUUAGAUGCCUAUCUAGCGAGCGCCCCCUAUGAAGUCCCGAAGUUCAAAGAAUGGCAGUUCUUCACUUUAUCAGACGCUCUCUGGCUUCAGCAAACCUACGGAAAAAGAUGGCGCUGCCCAUGUUAAGAGGUUGUUUCAGGUUGCAGUCAACAUUUAGCUUCAAUCGCCUGUUUUUAAAAGAGCGACUCGUCCUGAACCGGCUCGGUAACAGGCGACUACCUCCCUGUUCUCCCGCCGCUGUCGCGGCAGCGGUCCGUCGCUAUAGCUCGGACCAGGGAGAGCAGAAGCACCAGAAGGUUGUGGUGGUCGGCAUCCCGAACCCCUUCAUCUGGUUCCGCACCCGGAUUUACUACUUCCUUAUCAGGACGUACUUCGACAAAGAGUUCAGUAUAGAGGAGUUCACGGAGGGGGCGAAGCAGGCCUUCUCUCAUGUUUCCAGGCUGCUGUCACAGUGCCAGUUUGAAGCCUUAGAGGGCCUCGUAGCUAAAGAUCUGAUUGGGAAGCUGGAGGAAAAGUGCAACCUGCUGCCUUCCGACUAUAAGAAAGCACUGUCUGCAGAGCCCGAUGAGAUCAUGUACACAACCGGGGAUGUGGGAAUCUUCUACGAUGACAACGGUAGGAAGUUUGUCAGCAUCCUGAUGCGUUUCUGGUAUCUAACGAGCGCACGCCUUCCCGAAGACUCCAUGGAGGGAACUCGUAUCUUCCAGAUGGCCAUUGGAGAAGGAGAACCAGAAACUAAGAGACUGCUUACUGCAAUUUAUGAAUUCCAGAGGGAGUUUACUAAAGGAGUUCCUCCAGACUGGACCAUCACCAGGAUAGAGCACUCCAAGCUUUUGGACUGAGGUGGUGUUGA